GAACCAUCAGGAAGUGCACAGGCUUUCCUCCCGGCCUCCACCCUCCCUCCAGCAGCAACUCCUGUGGCUCAUUGAAUCGGGGUGGCCCGGGCUGGCCAGCGUCCAGCUGCACAGGUGCCCCCUCGAGCGCUGAGAGGGCCAGAAGGUGGCUUGACCGUCCAGGGACAGGGGAGAGGAGCCGGAGAUGGCGGGUUCCCAGGACCUGAGCGCCUGGAGAAGGUGCCCAAGCAGCAUUCCAGGUCAGCUGUGGGCGACACAGCCAGCCCCUCCCCGUGUUCCCGGGCCCUGGCCCUCCUGUGGGCAGUCAGUCACCCUUCUUGAAGGCACUGUGCCGCUGAGCCUGACUCGCAGCCUGCCAGCCCCGGGCAGCUGCUGGGUGGCUAUUGCAUCACCAGGCGGCCGCGGAAGGAGAGGAGGGGCUGGGGCUGGACGUGAGCGGGUGCUAAGCCGGGGAAUGAGGAAGCCCUACGCAGCUCAGCCUGGUGCUACGCAGGUGGGAGGGCCGCUUGCUGACACGCCUCUUGCCCCAGCCUGGGCACUGGCCAGCCGGAGACUGCAGACUCCCUCCCCACACCCGCCAGGGAGGUCGUGCCAGUGGGCAGCAGCAACAUAAACGUCUCCUGCUGCCCCGUCGCCUCCAAGGGCCUGCAUCCCGACUUGGCUGACGGCUCAGCCAGUGGUGUCCUGCCCAGCUGCCCUCCCCAACUCCAGCCGCCCCAGUGCCAUGUCGGACUAUGAGAACGAGGACGAGUGCUGGAGCACCCUGGAGGGCUUCCGGGUGAAGCUCAUCUCAGUCAUCGACCCCUCGCGCAUCACGCCCUACCUGAGGCAGUGCAAGGUCCUGAACCCUGACGACGAGGAGCAGGUGCUCAGCGACCCCAACCUGGUCAUCCGCAAGCGCAAAGUGGGCGUGCUCCUGGACAUCCUGCAACGGACUGGCCACAAGGGCUACGUGGCCUUCCUCGAGAGCCUGGAGCUCUACUACCCGCAGCUGUACAAGAAGGUCACGGGCAAGGAGCCCACCCGCGUCUUCUCCAUGAUCAUUGACGCGUCUGGGGAGUCGGGCCUGACACAGCUGCUGAUGAGCGAGGUGAUGAAGCUGCAGAAGAAGGUGCAGGACCUGACGGCGCUGCUGAGCUCCAAGGAUGACUUCAUCAAGGAGCUGCGGGUGAAGGACAGCCUGCUGCGCAAGCACCAGGAGCGUGUGCAGAGGCUCAAGGAGGAGUGCGAGGCCGGCAGCCGGGAGCUCAAGCGCUGCAAGGACGAGAACUACGACCUGGCCCUGCGCCUGGCCCGCCAGAGCGAGGAAAAGGGCGCCGCGCUCAUGCGCAACCGAGACCUGCAGCUGGAGAUCGACCGGCUCAAGCACAGCCUCAUGAAGGCGGAGGAUGACUGCAAGGUGGAGCGCAAGCACACACUGAAGCUCAGGCACGCCAUGGAGCAGCGGCCCAGCCAGGAGCUGCUGUGGGAGCUGCAGCAGGAGAAGGCCCUCCUGCAGGCCCGGGUGCAGGAGCUGGAGGCCUCUGUCCAGGAGGGGAAGCCAGACAGGGGCAGCCCCUACAUCCAGGUGCUGGAGGAAGAUUGGAGGCAGGCGCUUCGGGACCACCAGGAGCAGGCCAGCACCAUCUUCUCCCUACGCAAGGACCUGCGCCAGGCUGAGGCCCUGCGCGCCCGGUGCAUGGAGGAGAAGGAGAUGUUUGAGCUUCAGUGCCUGGCCCUGCGGAAGGACUCCAAGAUGUACAAGGACCGCAUCGAGGCCAUCCUGCAGCAGAUGGAGGAGGUCGCCAUCGAGCGGGACCAGGCCAUCACGACGCGGGAGGAGCUGCACACGCAGCACGCCCGGAGCCUGCAGGAGAAGGACGGGCUGCGGAAGCGGGUGCGGGAGCUGGGCGAGAAGGCCGACGAGCUGCAGCUGCAGCUGUUCCAGUGCGAGGGCCAGCUGCUGGCCGCGGAGGGCAGGCUCAAGCGGCAGCAGCUGGAGAUGCUCGUCCUGAGCUCCGACCUGGAGGACAGCUCACCCAGGAACUCCCAGGAGCUCUCGCUGCCCCGGGAUCUGGAGGAGGACGCCCAGCUCUCGGACAAAGGCGGCCCGGCAGACCGGGAGAGCCCAGAGGAGCCCUUUGCAGCCCUGCAAAAGGAGCGGCUUUCACUGACCCCCAAGGACGCGGGCAGGAGCGGCGGAGAGCCCCCCGAGAAGGAGCGGCGGCGCCUCAAGGAGAGCUUCGAGAACUACCGCAGGAAGCGCGCGCUCAGGAAGAUGCAGCACGGCUGGAGACAGGGGGAGGUGGACUGGGAGAACACCACGGGCAGCGACAACACGGACACCGAGGGCUCCUAGCUGGCCCGUGGGGGCGCGCCGCCCCGCCCCGCCCCGGACUCUGCCCGGCGCGCUCUAUCCCUCUGUACUGCAGCCCUCGCCGCGUGUUAGCAAUACAGCUCUGUAAUAAACGACCGCGGUCGGUCCCGGCACCGCCGCCUCCGACGGCCUCCUCCAGCGCGCUCCUUCCAUCCCCGCCCGCAGCCCCAGCGCACCGCCCGCCGCCAGGGGCAGCAGAGCGCGGCCGGCCCGCCGGCGCCGGAAGCCGAGGAGAGCCGCUUCCGCCGCGUGCCCGCGUCCAAGAUGGCGGCGCCGCGGCC